CAGCUAUCUAUUAGUCAAGAAAUACACAUCAAAUCUUCCAUACCGUUCCAUAAUUCAAACAAUUAAUAUUUCUUCUGGAUCUCAAAUUUCAAGCUAACAGGCACCAGAAAUGAAUGGAAAAAUAUACACAGUCACCAACAAAUCGACAACACAAGUCUGUACAAAGUUGUACCUUGAUGCUAGGACGUCUGACGUAAACUUUGUCGUUGAAUUCAAUGCCGACCACUCGGUAACUAUUCCAGCACACAAAAGCAUCCUUUCCAUUGGAAGCAAUGUAUUUGAUGCCAUGUUUUAUGGUCCAAUGAAAGAAAAGGGUGAUAUUAAAAUUGUUGAUGCACCGGCCGACGCGUUCGAAGAAUUUUUACAAUUCUUUUACCUGCAAAAAGUGCGCCUGACAUCGAAAAAUGUUGUGCCCGUGACCAAAUUAUGUCACAAAUAUGAAUUGGUUGACGGCUUGAAAUCUUGUGGGGCCACAUUACAAAAAUCAUUAACCGUUGAUAAUGUGUGCACAGUUUAUGAGUUGGCAGUUCUUCUUGAAUUGGCCAACACCAUCAAAUUAUGUAAGCAAAAGAUCAAGGAGCAUCCCGAUGAAGUACUAAAAUCGACAGGUUUCAUGGAAUGCAACCAGGAGACAAUGAGCGAUUUGCUCGAGUUGGUGACAUUGCAGUGCAAUGCCGGGGCUUUUGUCAAUAGUUGUAUGGCGUGGGCCAGAAACAAAUGCGAACAAAGAGGCGUGGUAAUAACGCCUGAAAAUCUGCGGGAUGAAUUCGAUUUAUUCACUAUAGUUUUGAUCGAUGAUAUUCUAAUGAAAAAUUUGAAAAACAUACCAUGCACAGGCUAUGCAGCAGCCGUUCAUCUCGAUUUGGAAACAGUUGUGAAAUCUUACGAACAUCACAUCCAACAGAAUCCAAAUACAAUACUAAAAUCAGACGAUUUCUUGAAAUGCGAUCGAAAGACACUGGACAAGAUCCUUGAAUUGGCGUCAUCAAAGUGCAGCCCAUCGACUGUUGUUGACGCAAGCAUGGCAUGGGCCAAAGCUGAAUGUGUACGAAACGGAUUGCAAGAGACGCCAGCCUAUUUAAGAGCACAACUCAAUGACUCAUUUCAUCGUAUCCCGUUUUCUGACUUGGACAAAGAGCAAUUUUCACAGCACGUCAGUGGCUACAAGCGAUUUUUCAACGAAGACGAUUUGGAAACAAUCAUUAUGCAAACAAAGUCAAAGAAAGCAAAAAGAACGGAAACGGCUGAAAUAAUAAGAUGUAAUCUUCGUGGUAAAAAAUCAUCAUCGUAUAUUUCAAUGCCAUUUGAAUGCACAGUUAAAUUGAACACCAUAUUACAUUUGACCGAAAUUCUCAUUGGUCAAAUUAACGGCACACUUAGUGCAGAUAUGAAUGUAAACGCUACAAUCACUUUGCGUGGCCGAAAGAGUGGUCAACCGUUACAAUUGGGAAACAUAAACCUUUCAUCUGCCUUUGAAACGAAAAUCAUUGUUCCAGUUCCGGUUGUUAUCAAUCCAAAUCAAGAAUAUGUGCUGAAAAUUGAUGCAGCUCGAUGGUCCAGGGGUUAUUUUGUGACACUGACGAAAACUGUUAAUUGGAAGCAAGGAGACGUUGAAAUAAAAUUUUCACCACACUCUGGCUUAAUCAGCGGUUUAGUCUUUGAAAGACCUUCAGCCUGAGCGGAUCGACCUGACUGACCAUUUCAAAAAGAGUAAAAAUAUCAAAAUUCAUUUUUUUUAGUUUCAAUAUCAUAUCUUUCAUGUAAUGUUCUUACGACAUUAAGUCAAAUUAUUACGUUUUUUAAUUCUAAUUCAUCAGAAAAUUCCUUUAUUCCUCAAAAAUAUGUCAAAAGAUUUAUCACGUAUCUCAAAAAAAAAUUGUCAAAAUCAACUUCAUAUGUGGUUUGAAGCAUGAUAAUCUGAUUUAUAUUCACAUCGAUUUUGGUUUUGGCCGAAUUUCACAGGAAGAAAUACAGUAAAAUCUGUCAAUAGUGGAAUAUCUUAAUGGUCGACACCAGACAGACGAAUAUUUUUUAGCAUCAUAUCGAAAAGUUUUAGU